AUGGACGACCUCAAACGAGCCCUCGAGUUCCUCCUGACGCCCUCGGCGCCCAUCUUCAUCGCCGGCGCCAUCGUCGUGCUCGUCGUGCCCAUCCUCGUGCACCUAUUCAUAUCGCGCAGCACGCCGUACACGAAUCUUCCCUCAAUCCUGCUCGCGGGCCCCCCAGGCGGCGGCAAGACUUCCCUCCUAACGCUCUUCGAGCGUGGCGAUGCGGCCGCCGCAACCCACACCUCGCAGACGCCCCAAUCCGUCGAGCUGACCGCGUCGACCGACGGCGGCGCGCGCACGUACCGCGAGGCCGCGCGGGACGACGCUCCCGGCUCGCACAAGAAGUUCCUACUGGUCGACACCCCGGGCCACGGCAAGCUGCGCAACCACGCCAUGGGCAGCCUGGUCGGCGCCGACAAAAGCAAGGACCAGGGCCCGGGGCAGAAGACGCUGAAGGGGGUCGUGUUCGUGCUUGACGCGGCCACUCUUGUGGACUCGCUGGCGGAGACGGCGGCGUACCUGUACGACAUCCUGCUGGCGCUGCAGCGGCGCACGGGCGCGGGCAAGACGUCGCGGUCGCCAAACGCGGUCAGUGUGCUGAUGGCGGCGAACAAGCUCGACCUGUUCACGGCGCUGCCGGCGUCGCUGGUCAGGAGCAAGCUGGAGGCGGAGCUGGGGCGCAUACGGCAGUCGAAGAGCAAGGGGCUGUUGGAUUCGGGGGUCGGCAUCGACGAUAUUGGAUCGGAGGAGCAGGAUGCCUGGUUGGGCGAGUACGGCUCGGAGAAGUUCUCCUUCGGCCAGAUGAGAGAAUUUGAUAUCGAGAUCGAUGUUGUUGGGGGCAGUGUGCUUAAGGGCGAGGCUGACAAGUGGUGGGAUUGGAUCGUGGACCGGAUCUAG